GACCGGGGCGCGCUGCGGCCGCCCAAGCGGACCCGGCGAGAGGCUGCGGCGGCGGGAGCGGCGGUGAUGGACGGGUCCGGGGAGCAGCCCAGAGGCGGGGGGCCCACCAACUCUGAGCACAUCAUGAAGACGGGGGCCCUUUUGCUUCAGGGUUUCAUCCAGGAUCGAGCAAAGCAGAUGGGAGGGGAGACGCCUGAGCUGGCCCUGGAGCGGGUGCCCCAGGAUCCAUCCACGAAGAAGCUGAGCGAGUGUCUCAAGCGCAUCGGGGACGAAUUGGACAGUAACUUAGAGCUGCAGAGGAUGAUUGCAGCUGUGGACACAGACUCUCCCCGUGAAGUCUUUUUCCGAGUGGCAGCAGAGAUGUUUUCCGAUGGCAACUUCAACUGGGGCCGGGUUGUUGCCCUUUUCUACUUUGCCAGCAAACUGGUGCUCAAGGCCCUGUGCACCAAGGUGCCCAACCUGAUCAAGACCAUCAUGGACUGGACGCUGGACUUCCUUCGUGAGCGGCUGCUGAGUUGGAUCCAAGACCAGGGUGGUUGGGAUGGCCUCCUCUCCUACUUUGGGACCCCCACGUGGCAGACAGUGACCAUCUUCGUGGCUGGCGUGCUCACUGCCUCACUCACCAUCUGGAAGAAAAUGGGCUGAAGCCCCGGUGGCCUUGGACUGUGUCUUUUCUGCAUAAAUUAUGACAUUUUUCUGGGAGGGGUGGGAAUGAGGGGGGGACAUGGGUAUUUUUCUUACUUUUAUAAUUAUUGGGGGAGGGGGGUUGGUCUUGGGGGGCAAUAAACCUCCUUUGGGCCACAUGUUGGAGUCUGAGUCACUGGGCCUCUCCCCUCCCUGGCCAUGAGAGGGGAGCAGACCUCCCACACUGUCACCUGCCCCACAGCUUCCACAGGCCAUGUCCACUGCACACGCAGAGGGUCGCUGUCUCUCUGGGUUUCUUGGGGACUAGGGCUCUCCCUGCCUCCGUACUCUUGAGACAUCUUUUCUGAGGGUGCUCAGUGCUCUGUGGGGCUGAGAUGAGUACAGUCCCAGUCCUGCCUUGUCUUCCUCUCUCUUUGAAUCUGUGUUUCCCCUUCUCUCUGGGUCUCUGUCCCCCUCUCUUUCUGGGUCUCUGUCCCUGUCUGUCUCUGAGUUUCUGUCUCCCUCCCUCUGGGAACAGGGGCAUCUGGCAUUCCAACAUCACAGGGUAGGAUAAUGUGUUUCCUCAUGGAGGCAGCACUGGGGCAGGAGGCGGCUGGGGGGAGGGGGGCUGGACCUGGAAGCUUGAACACAAGGGAUCACAGGAAGUUGCAUGUUUACUGAGGUGGAGGAUGGGGGGACAGUGGAGGAGGGAUAGGCGGACAGACUUCAAAAGGCCUUGGAGGAUGGGGCCUUGGGGAGCCAGGAGGUGUAGGAGCAGGGGAGGGCUCUGGAGCCCUGUGGUGAAGCUACUGGACCAGGGCUCUGGGCUGAGGGGGCAGGGCCUGGGGACUGAUGGGCGGGGGGAAGAGAAGGAGGAGCUCUAGGGUGGGGCCCAGUAAAGGAGGGUGGAGGAACCCUCCGGGAGAGGAGCAGGCUUGGGGAGUGUUGCUGAGCUCCAAGAAGGGAAAGCAAAGACCCAGGUCUGGGAAUCUGAGGAAAGAGGGAUUAGAGAGAAUGAGAGAUGGGGCGUGGGGUGAGGAGAGAGUAGGCAUGGAGUCCCUGUUCCCACUCUCUGAGAUUCUGUCCCCCUCUCUGGGUCUCUGCCAUUCCCUCCUGCUCUUUGUUCUUCUCUCUCUGGGUCUCUGUCCCCCUUUCUCUGUCUGGGUCUCCGUUCUGUCUGAGUAUCUGCCCCCACCCUGUGUCCCUGUCCCCCUCUCUCUGGAUUGUGGUCCCCCCAGGUCUCUCCACCCCCUCUCUCUGAGUCUCUGCCUCCUCCUCUCUGGGUUUCUGUCCCUCUUUCUCUGGGUCUCUGUUCAUCUCUCUGGGUCCCUGUUCUGUCUGAGUAUCUGCCCCCACCCCCCAUAUCUCUGUCCUCUCUCAGGGUCUUGGUUGCCCCCCCAGGUCUCUCUCACCCUCUCUGAGUCUCUGCCUACCCCUCUCUGGGUCUCUGUAUCCCUGUCUGAGUAUCUGCCCCCCUGCCCUGGGUCUCUUUCCUCUUCUCUCUCUGGGUCUCGAUCCUUCUCUCUCUGGGUCCCUGUCCCCCCAGGUCUCUUUCCCCCACUCUCUGUGGGUCUCUGUGCCCCUCUCUUUCUAGGUCUCUGCCCCCCUUUCUCUCUUUGGGUCUCUGUCACCCUUUCUCUAGGCUUCUGUCCCCCUCUCCCUGGGUCUCUGUCUUUCUCUCUCUAUCUCUGUUUCUCCCUCUCUGGGUCUUGGUCCCUGCCCCAGGUCUCUUUCCCCUGCCUCUCUGAGUUUCUGUCCCCCUCUCUUUCUCUCUGAGUAUCUGUGCCCCCCACCCCCAUGUCUCUGUCCCCCUCUCUCUUUCUCUGGGUCUCUGUCCUGAGUAUCUGUCCCCCUCCCCAUGUCUCUGUCCCCCUUCUUCUGUGUCUUGGUCCCCCCUAGGUCUCUUUCCCCCUCUCUCAGUCUCUGUCCCCCCUCUGGGUCUCUGUACCCUUCUCUCUGGGUCUCUGUUCCCCUCUCUCUCUGGGUCUCUCCCCCCGACCCCGGUCUCUGUCCCCAUCUCUCUCUGGGUCUCUGUCACCCUGAGUAUCUGCUCCCCCCCGCCGUGUCUCUGUCCCCUUGAUCUCUCUGGGUCUCUGUGCCCCUCUUUCUCUCUGGGUUUCUGGCCCCCCCAUCUCUCUGGGUCUCUGUCCCUCCCCCCAAGUCUCAGUCCCUCUCUGUGGGUUUCUGUGCCCCCAUCUCUCUCUCUGGGUCUCUGUCCCCCUCUCUCUCUGGGUCUCUGUCCCCCUCUCUCUCUGGAUCUCUGUCCCCCUCUCUCUCUGGGUCUCUGUCCCCCUCUCUCUCUGGGUCUCUGUCCCCCUCUCUCUCUGGGUCUUUGUCCCCCUCUCUCUCUGGGUCUCUGUUCCCCUCUCUGGAACUCUGUCCCCCUCUUGGGUCUCUCCCUUUCUGGUCUCUGUCCCCCCCUCUCUGGAUCUUUUCCCCUUCUCUAGGUCUCUGUUCCUCUCUCUCUAGGCUUCUGUCCCUCACACUUGGGUUUCUGCCCCCUCACUCUCUGUUUCUUUCUCUCCUGCAACCUAUGGUCUCUACCCCUCUUCUGAUCCUCUCUGUCUCAGCCCCUCCUUUCCCUCCACUUGUGGACACUUUCAAAAUCCCCUUUCCAUAGGUGGGGCUUGCCUGGGGCUAAAGGUCUUUAGGCUGAGGAAUGACAACUGGUCAAUCAAUAACUAGGCCUGACUAACUAGGUGGCUCAGGUCACUUACCCUCCCUCCUCCCCCAUGUGCUCUCCCCAGAGACACUAAGUCCAAGCCAGACACCAAGUCAGGUGAGAAAUGUCAGAGAUAUAUGAGCUGAGACUGAGCCCCUGACCCAGAGAGAGGGAACGCUAUGGCCACAGGAAGAAUCUCCAGGAAAGACAUAAGGGAACUGAGAUAAAGUAUGACGUGGAAACAAAAACAUCUUGGGGGAGAGGGCCACAAGCCUGGUUCUGAGGGUCUCAGUCAGACCAAUUGCAGCCGGCCCUGAGGGGAUGAGGUCAGGGGAGGGGGGCCCUCCCACCUCAGUCCUGGUCCCCUUCCUGUGCUGAGCUCACCAUGACUCAGCAUAGCCACUCACCCAGAUGGCCUUUGUUGUUGGGUGCCGAGGACUCAAUUUCAACUCAUAACUACCCCCAUAUUACAGAGUAGAACUGUCCCAUAGGGUUUUCUAGGCUAUGAUCUUUAGAUCUUUAUGGGAGUAUAUUGCCCGGUCUUUCUUUCACAGAGCUGCUGGGUGGGUUUGAAUUGCUGACCUUUGGGUUACGAGCCAAGUACUUAAACUUUGUGCCACCAGGGCUCCUUAACACCAAAACCAAACCCAUUGCUGUAGCGUCACUUCUGACUCAGGGAUCACCUUUUGGUUAGCAGGUGAGCUCUUUAACCACUGUGCCACCAGGGCUCCUAUACACGCCCCUUAGGGACCCCAGAUACUGGCCCAGCCUUGGCAUCCACAGAUCCCCUGGGUGAAGGGCUACCCUGCCUGCACUGGCUGGCGUGGCUGCUCUGCCAAGCAGACCUGACCUCUUACCCCUCCCCUGUGACUUCUGUUCCUAUGCCACAUGAGCUACCUCCAUUACCGACUCAUCUAGGGUCCAGUUGCUGUCUUUGUACCUUCCUCCUCUACACAACCAGGAGACUUGGUUGGGCAGUGAUUAAGCGUCUGGCUGCGAACAGAAAGGUCAGCCUUUCAAACCCACCCAGCAGUUCUGUAGGAGAAAGACCCUGGUUUCAUAAAUAUUACAGCCUGGAAAGCCCUAUAGGGCAGUCGUACUCUAUCACUUGAGGUCGCCAUGAGUCAAAACCUGUCUUGAUGGUACUCAACAGGGAGCUCCUUGAGGGCAGGGCCCUGCUUUGAGUCAGCUCUGCCUUCCCAGUCCCAGUAUGAGCCUGGCUCACUUAAAAAAAUGUAUGUACAAUGAAGACAGUCUCCUCCUAGGUCCCCAGGCUCUCCUAGUUUCCCGAGAGACCCUGAAGUAGUGCAUAUUGGGCUGGACACCCAACUACCUCUGAGAGGUCCCUUCAGGGCCAGAGAGAAUUUCCACAGUCUUUAGACUGCCUCCAAAACAAAGAAACCCAAUACGAUCAAGUCGAUUCUGACUCACAGCGACCCUAUAGGACAGAGUAAAACUGCCCCAUAGGGUUUCCAAGGCUGUAAAUCUUUACAAAAGUAGACUGCCACAUCUUUCUUCCAACAAGGGGGUGGUGGGUUCCACCACAGACUUUGCGGUUAGCAGGUGAGCACUUAACCACCGAGCCACCAAGCCUCCUAGCCUCCAAAAUAGUUCCCAGGAAAUGCAGCCCAAGAGACCCCCCCCCAAGGCUCUAACGUUAUUUCCUACACACACCCCAAUCUCAGCAUCCAGAAAAACACUGCUGUUUUGUUUUUAGGUGCCAUCCAGUUGCUUCCAACUCAUAGCAACCCUGUGUACAACAGAAUAGAACACUGCCUGGUCCUGUGCCAUCCUCACAAUCCUUAUGCUUAAGCCCAUUGUUGCAGCCAUUGUGUCAAUCCAUGUCCUUAAGGGUCUUCCUCUUUUUCGAUGACCCUCUACUUCACCAAGCAUGAUGUCUUUCUCCAGGGACUGAUCCCCCCUGAUAACACGCCCAAAGUAUGUGAGAUGUAAUCUCGCCAUCCCUUAAAAUAGCCCCAAGGUAUCCUGAAAGCCCAGACAAUUCUUCCAAGAUUCCAAGAGCUCUUGAGGGUUCCUGAGUCCCCCUACCUCUCAAAAAGUCCCUGUUCCUGUUAAGUGUCAUUGACUCAAUUUCAAAACAUAGUGAACCUAUGUGAGCCCUGUUGGCACAGUGGUUAAAGUGCUUGGCUGCUAAAUGAAAGGUUAGUGGUUAGAACCCACUAGCCACUCUGUGGGAGAAAUACCUGGCCAUCUGCUUCCAUAAGGAUUACAGCCUUGGAAACCCUAUGGGGCAGUUCUACCCUGUCCUAUAGGGUAGAUAUGACUCAAAAUGGACUUAACAGUAAUGGGUUUGGUUUUUUUUUUAAUGUGUGCGGGGAGCAGACCACCAGGUUUUUCACCUGCCUGCCAGGUGGAUUCGAAUUAAAAUAGUGCCUAGAUUUCCAGAAACACCCCAGCCCUUGAACCCCAAGGCUCCAAAACCACUGCUUUUCACAACUUGCAGAUUCCUCUGAAGGCCCUAGAGACCUCCCCCAGCUUCCAAGAAAGGCCUCCAAAGAAACAGACUUCUUAGAUCCAACUCUAAAGCUAGAGAGACCUUCCACUUUUGGGUAAACACUAGGGAAACAGCUCUCCUAUCCCACAACCCAGCGAGACCCCCACCCAAAACCCAGUGCCAUCGAGUCGAUUCCGGCUCAUUGCGAAGCGAGACCCCCAGGGUUCCAGAAAUACUCUUCUUGGGGCCUUCCAAAUUUCCUAAUGACCGGGAAACCCCUUAUCUUCCACAAGCAACCCCCCCUGCACCUCUAAGGAAGCCCCAGGGUUCUAAAAGAGUCCAUGCUUUCAGAGACAAGCCCAGAAUCCUACUUCCCUGAAACAUCCCCAAGACCCCAGGAUCAUCACCGCCCAGGGCUCCCCAGUGUUCCCAUAAACCUCCCAUCUUCCAGAGCUGCCCCCAGAAUCCCCCGACUUUGCGAAUAAGCCCCAGGACCCUGCACCCACCGAACCCGCCUAGCACCCACUUCCUCCCCGCAUUCCCAUUUCACAACAGUCUCACGCUCCAAGCGCGUGACUCCCCAACCCCGGGGCGGCUGGGGGGAAGGGGGGAGGCGCCUAUCUGUUCUGGAUUGGUCAGGCGCGGGCUCAAGUCCCGCCUCCCGCCACCGCGGACUGGUCGACAGAUCGCCCUGAAGCCCCGCCUGCGAGGAGCCGCAUGCUAUAAAACACGCCGCCCUAGCCCCCACCUUCCUUAAGCUCGCUCGGUGGUCCCGUGGAUCUGUUUCUUGCUUCAACAGUGCUUGGACGGAGCAGACCCGGGGACGCCCUACCUCCAGCUUCGCGCUACCUUUCAACCUCGUGUCCUACGCGCAACCUCUGGGACCAUCUUCUUGGCCAUCCCCUGUUUCCAGGACCAGCUAACACCGUUUU